UAUUGCUAUGAGAAUCUGCAGAGCCCAGCUGUAAGCCUGAGCCAUGAACUCCGUGUCUCCCAGUGCAGUUCAGUAUGUGGGGGGAGUAGGAGUGGUGUGUCAGGAUGACACCCUCCAGAGAGAGGAGACCAAGAGGUCUCAGCAGCCCCAGGUGGUGGACCCUGGCGGAGGAAGUAGCUUUGGUAACCAGCAGGGUACUGAUGUCGGUGGGGGUGGAACCAGAGAGGCCACCACCGCUGGAGAGCCAGACGAGGUGGACAAACUCAAGACCAAACUGAUGUCGGCGUGGAAUAAUGUCAAAUACGGCUGGUCGGUCAAGUCGAAGACCACAUUCAACAAGAGCUCUCCGGUGACUGUAAUGGGCCACUCCUAUCUGCUCAAUAGUGAAGGCGAGGUGGAGCGGUUCAGACGGGCGUUCGUGUCUCGGCUGUGGCUGACCUACCGUAGGGAGUUCCCCCAGCUGGAGGGCUCCACCUUGACUACAGACUGUGGCUGGGGCUGCAUGCUGCGGAGCGGACAGAUGCUGCUGGCCCAGGGCCUACUGCUACAUCUGCUGCCACGAGACUGGUCGUGGCCAGACGCCCAGCAGUUCGCCGACGUGGACUUUGAGGCUCUGAGACCCCGCUCCCCGUCCCGCGCUGGGGGCGUACCCAUCCCCUCCUUCGGCUACUCCUCCUCCUCCUUGCGGACCCCCACCACGCCCCAGAAGACCUCCAUGCCAGGGGGCACGGCUCUCAACCAUACCCAGAAGAAGAGGCCCGAGUCGGACAGGCAGGCUGAGCCCCUCCACCGGAGGGUUGUGGCCUGGUUUGGGGAUGAGCCCCCGGCCCCGUUUGGGGUGCACCAGCUGGUAGAAUUGGGGAAGAGCUCAGGGAAAAAGGCGGGGGACUGGUACGGCCCCUCAGUGGUGGCACACAUACUACGAAAAGCAGUUGCCAAGACUUCUGAGGUUCACAACCUGGCUGUAUAUGUAGCGCAGGACUGUACCGUGUACAAAAAGGACGUGGUGCAUCUGUGUGACCAGUCGUUGAACCAGAGUAUAUCAGAUCCUGAGCCCAGUGGUCCAGGCUGGAAGUCUGUCAUCAUACUGGUUCCAGUCCGACUAGGAGGAGACUCUCUCAACCCCUCCUACAUCGAGUGUGUCAGGAACAUUCUCAGGUUAGAAUGCUGUAUCGGAAUCAUCGGCGGCAAACCCAAGCAUUCGCUGUUCUUUAUCGGCUGCCAAGACGAGCAGCUGCUGUAUCUGGACCCUCACUACUGUCAGGCCGUGGUGGAUGUCACUCAAGACAACUUCCCACUGGAGUCGUUCCACUGUAGCUCGCCCAGGAAGAUGCCCUUCAGUCGCAUGGACCCCAGCUGUACUAUAGGUUUCUACGCCAAGAACAAGAAGGACUUUGAGUCUCUGUGUUCUGCCGUCUGUGUGGCCCUAUCGUCGCCCGACGAGAAGUACCCCAUCUUUACCUUCAUGGAGGGCCAGGCCCAGGACUAUGGACUGGUGGGCCACAGCUCCUCCCAUCCUCACUCUGACACCUCCCCCAUCCCUGGCCCCGCCCACAUGCUGCCCCAAGGCAAGCUCAGCAGGAGCAACAACAUAGGCAGCUCUGACGACUUUGUCUUCCUGUGAGUACUGGUUUGUGUUCCUGAGGAACGAAAUGUAAGCAAACGGGGAAAGACUGACU